AUGCAAGUUUCAGAACAACAAGUAUCUGUAGUACUAACUCAUCAACCACAAUCAUCAUCAAUAUCUGAAGCGGAUAAUAAUAAUAAUAAUAAUACCAUUAACAAUAUAGAUAAUAAUAAUAAUAGCAAUAAUAAUAAUAAUAAUAUAGAGGAAGAUAAUGAUAAUAAUAAUAAUAUUUACAUGCUUUCAUUCAAUAAUAGUGGAUUAACACCUGCAUUACCUGAUCCGAGUCCUUCACCUCCACUUAAAUCAACUGUUGCAGUAGUUGGUACAUCAUCACAACAACAAAACAUGUCGAAAUUAUAUUCCUCUCCUCCGAAUAACAUUAACAAUCAAUUAGAUUAUUCACCAGUGAGGAUUAGAACCAUCAAUUCGGCGACAUUACCAACCAAUAAUAAUAUUAACAAUAAUAAUGAAGACCGAUCACUGAUGAUGACAACAACAACAUCUUCAUCAACUGCACCUCCUCCACCUAGUUCUUAUCAAUAUCCAAUUCCAACAAGACCUACUACUACUAAAUCUUCAUCCGUGAAUGAGAGUAAUAAUAUGAUGGAGGACAAUUUCCCCAACACCAUAGAAAGUAAUGUGCGAACACAAGAACAUUCCCAACAACAAACACACUACAAAUCCUAUCAUCACAAUAAUGAAAGAGAAGGAGAACGAGCUUCUUACUAUCAUCACUCCUAUCCAUCACAAAAUUCCAUAAUGAUGACAAAUAAUCAUAAUAUCGAAAAUUGGAAAGGCUUGAAGGAAAACAGCAACAAUCUAUCAUCCGCAGAAAUUCAAAAAGAACAAGCGAACUUGGUUUACGGCACUCAAUACCGCCAAAAGAAUAGAAGUACACAACCACCUAGCAGCGCUUCUUACUUAGGAUCAGUUGUUGAACGAGAAGAAAGAGGAGACGAAGAAGAAGAAGAUUAUCGUGUCUAUCAUCAUCAGCAACAACCACAGCAACAACAAUAUUUGAGAGAGAACUAUUAUCCUUCUCAUCAGGGUAGUAGUACUACGUUGCCAAGCACUACUUCAAUCUUGUUGCCAAGCCACGAAGCAAGGAAUAUCCAAAAUUAUAACAACCCUUCGCUACAAAUAAUUAAUCAAAAGAAUACCUCCACAAGUUCAACUUCACCUUCUUUAAAUUUUGCUACAGGUUCGUCUUCACAACAACCAUUGCACGGAAGAAGAAAUAGCAAUUAUCAUCUGUACGAUAAUAAUAACUAUCACCAACAACACCAAUACGUGGAGAGAAAUAAUAACAAUUUUCCAACAACUUCUCUCCAUCAACGAACAACACCAACAACAAUAGCAGAAUAUCAAGUUGGAGCUCCUAGUUAUUCUAAACAAAGUUCAAUGCAACAACAACCCUUUGUCAUUCAGCCAAGUAUGCAGCCCUCAUCUGGAAUACCGUCCUUUCACCAAGUUCACUCAUCCUCCUCUGCCACCAAUUCCUUCCAUGUACCUUCCAAUUAUCAACAACAUCAUCAUCAUCAACCUCCACCACCACAACACUAUCAACCACUUCCUCCGUCAUCAUCAUCCUCAUCAAAUUAUUUGAAUCCUCCACACCAACAACAACAACAAUCAUCCUACUCUUCACCAAACAGUAACCAAACUAACUCAUCCGAACCAAAAUUACGUGUCUAUAAUUCAACAUUAAAAGUUCCAGAAGGAAUUUUUUCAUACGAUAACACAACACUAACUUGUGAACCUCAUGGAUUUAAGCCAAAUGAUAGAAGAGGAGCUCCACAAACAACUCACAGUGUCUACGUGAGUGAUGUAUUAGUAGUUACUUGUGAUUUGGUUAACAUGUCGAAUCAACCAGGUGUUUUUCAAAAUUGUACUGCGAGAUUGGUUCAUUUGAUGGGAAAGAAUGCUAAAAAGAAGAGAAAGGAAGGAGUCAGUGAUCAAGAUGAUGGUUUAGACUCGGAGGAUGAUGAUUUGGAUGAUGGAAAGAAGAAGAAAAAGAAGAAUAAGAAGAAGGAUCAAGAAGAUUCACUUGAUGGUGAUUUUGUUACUGAUUUUUCACAGGCAGGAAUGUUAGAGUCUUUUGAAUUAUUAUCGGAACAACCUUGUCAAGAAAAUGUUCAGAAAGGAAAGAUUGUUUCCUCCCUCAAGGUUCCUCGUGUUAGGGGAAGAGAUUGUAAAACAAAGACUGGACAAAUUCAAGUUAUUAGAUUUAAAGGAACAGAGAGAGAACAUAUUAUUGCUGUGAGUGACUUGUUCUGGAUAAGAUCUAGAACAAGAACAGAGAUGGAAGUGAGAAAGUUCAAGAAACAACAGCAACAAACUCCACAACAAUCAUUGCCAUCUCAUCAACCACCUCAACAACAACCAAUUUCUGUUCAAUCACAUGAAACUUCCAAUCUUUCUUUGCAUCAUCAUGCACAACAACUUUCUCAUCCACCAACAAUUCCAUCUUCAAGUUUAAAUCCUCCUCGUGAAAAUUAUCAUAAUCCACAAUGGCCAAAUAUGCCAAAUAUUGUACAACCAAAUUCACCAAGUACAAAUGAGCAUGCUGGUCUUCCUCCUAAAAAGAGAAGGAAUAAUAGUCCAGGAGGUGGUAAUACACCAAACACUUAUAGAGUUCCUUCAAAUCCAGCUGCUUCAAUUGUUCACUCAUCAACAGGAUAUUUCCCCUCAAACAAUAUUCAACAUCAAGAGAAUGGUAAAGUACCAAAUCUACACGAUUCUCCUUCUCUUAGUCAUCAUCAUCAUCACGUGCCUUAUCAACCAUCGAGGAAUGAACCAACUUAUCAUGAAUUACUACAACGAGUUCACACAUUAGAAGAAAAGUUGAAUAGACUUGAAAGUAAAUUGACUAGAGCUGGACAUUUGUCACCUGAGUUCCCAAUGCCACCUGAUAGUCAAACAUUUUCUCCAUUCCUCCCUAGUUCUGCAAUUCAGCCACGUCCUGUUGAACCACCUAAAACUUUUGCACCUUUCCCAAUUGAUGUUUUCAUUAAAGACGAUAAGAGAGGAGAAAACCCAACAUUGCCUUCAGUGGUUUCGUCAGAUUCCCAACCAGCAAUUUUUAAUCCAAAAUCACCACUUCCAAGUUUCCCUUUUGAUCCAUCUGAUUCAUUCUUGAAGAAUAGUUUCUCAUCACCACCAGCUUUUACAAAUCCAACAUCGAGCAGUUCAUCCGAGAGUGGAGGUGGCAUGAAGAGAGAACGUUAAAUGAAGUGAAAUAAAAAAUUAAUUGUAAAUUC